GUCAGGUCAGUCAGAUAGCUCAACUGAAAUUUGUGUGACCAGUGUGAUUCUAGUCUGAUAUAGGUUUUUGACACAUUUGUUAAUUCUUAAGACACAAAAAUUCCGCUUUUAAGAGGAAUUGGUCAAAAUGGCAUGUUUUGGGGAACAUACUCUCAGUCCACCAAUUUCUUCAAGAGAAAAUCUACAGAUUUAAGACAAGACGAAUAUAGGAAGAGUCAUAUUUUCAAAGAGCCUGACACUUUACCAAUAUCAUCAUGUGGUCUCCGCGAAGGAGUCAGCAUGCCAAGCCUCCUCAGCAUCCGAGACUCCUACCAGGUCGCCGAGAGUCUCGCCAGGGCGGACCUCAUGACUUCUCCAGCGGCCCGCAGGAGGCUCCAGGCCCGUCGUAUUGAGCUGGGCUUGGGCGAGCAUCCUGGAUUCGUACCCCCCAAGCAUCUUCUCCUCUAUCUUGUCAGAAUGGGGAGUUUCUCAUCCUCCCCGAAAAUUCUUAAUGAGGAUAGCCAAGAUGAUGACAUUGAUCUACCUUCUAGAAUGCCCAAGGAGGAAUUAUUAGCCUACUGCUCGAAGGAACUCGAUGGAACUCCACAAAUAAUUCCUAGACGAUUCAGAGAAAAUUUCUCAUAUUUUCAACCAAAGAGCACUGACUUCUAUCCUCCUUUGAGUGACAAAUCUGGGGUUCGUGUACUACAAUGGAAUCUUUUAUCACAGAGCCUUGGUGUUAAUAAUGAUCAUUUUGUAUGCUGCACUGAAGAUGCCUUGGAUUGGAAAAGAAGACGAAAUCUCUUAACACAAGAAAUUGUUAGGUAUUCACCAGAUAUCAUUUGUCUUCAGGAAGUUGAUCACUUCAAGUACCUACAGAAAGCUUUAGGAUCACAAGGAUAUGUUGGUCAUUUUUUUCCAAAACCUGAUUCUCCUUGCAUGUACAUCGCUGACAAUAAUGGGCCAGAUGGUUGUGCUAUAUUCUUUCUUGCAGACAAGUUUGAAUUAAUACAAACUGAAACAAGAAUAUUGGAGGUGUGGAAAGUGCAAAGCAACCAGGUUGCACUACUGGCAAAUUUAAGAAAUAGAUUUACAGGAAAGGAAUUAUGUGUGGCAACAACUCAUCUCAAAGCAAGAAAAGGAGCACUGCUUGCUGCAUUAAGAAAUGAGCAAGGCAAAGAUCUUUUGGAUUUUAUUUCUAGACAUAGUGAAGGAAGGGCUGUUAUACUAUGUGGUGAUUUCAAUGCCGAACCAUCAGAACCCGUUUAUUCAACUCUAACUACUGACAUGGGCCUUCGGUUGGGUAGUGCUUAUGCAACAGCUACUGGUGAACCGCCAUAUACUACUUGGAAAAUAAGACAGGAGGGAGAAAUUUGUCACACUAUUGAUUAUAUAUUUUACUCAAAGAAUAAAAUGAGGGUCACAGAUGUUCUUGAAUUCCCAACUGGAAAUGAGGUUGGAAAAGAUAGGUGUCCCUCAUUACGUUACCCUUCCGAUCAUUUUUCCCUUGUUUCUGAUUUAUAUCCACAGUCUAUCACAAGUGCACUGUAGUACCUUUCUCUGGAUUAACCUGUUUGUUUUUAAAUGUAUAUAAUGUGUAUUUUUGAAUAUGUAAAAAAGAUGGGGUAUUUAAAUUAUAAUGUAUUUGAUUCUCAUGGUAAAUUAUUUUUAAAUAUAUUUAGAGUUAGUAAUACUUUAAAGAGAGAGAGACUGGUAUAUUGCACUUAAAUGAUUCCAUUACUAUUACUAUCUAGAUUAGUCAUAUUUAUUGUUUGGAAUUAGUAUUGUUUCACUUUUACCAUGAUCUAUUUUAUCAAAGGUAGUUUUAUUUCAGUGGGAUUACAUAGUAUUAAAAAGAUGUUUAAAAGAAAUGGUUGAAUAUCAAUAAAUCAGGGUUUAAAAAAAUACAUAGAUACAUGUAAUCAUGUCACCAGUAGCUGCACAGAAAUGUCAAAAUAUAAACACAUAAUUCGAAUGAAGCGAUGUCAUUUUAUUUUUAUGUAGUUAAAUUUUAGUUUUACUGAUAUGUACAAAAUGUAUUUUAUUAACAUUAGUUACCAAGAUAUUUUUAACACAUAUACUAAAAUUAUAUUCUUUUGUUCAAAAAUGAUGUUAGGUUCUAGUUUUUAUUGUUAUUUGUGAUCAAUAAAAAAUUAAUACAAAAAAUGAAUUUUAUAACCUAUUGUUGUGGAUGCUGUAUUCAUGCUUAUAUAUUUUUUAUAUCUAGUUAAUCACUUGAGCAGUUAUAUUCAAACAAGUGUACACAUAAAUAAAUAUAACAAAGGUGGAUAAAAAACACGUAUUUUUGUCAAAUUGACUAAUAAUAGUUUCAAAUAGCAUUCAAUGUUAGUAUAUUGAACUUGUUAAUGAUUUGAUUAUUUAUGUAUGUUUUACUAGUUGUUUAAGUAAAUUUGAGAUAUAAAACCAAAUAUAAGAUGGUAUGCAAAGUUG